AUGACGGCCUCGUCGCUCUUGGGCAACGUUUUGCCGCUCGUGGUGCCGUUUCUGACGCAGCAGGACAAGCUGAACGUUGCUUACGCAAACUAUGAGCUGUACCAGGCGGUGGUACCGCUGUUGUACCAGAAAUUGCUCUUUACUGGCAGGCCUCUGGUAGACAGCGAGGGUAGCUGGACAAACAUUGGGUCUCUGAAAAAUCCACUCAUCAGCGACAAGAAACACCGCGAAGUGUACACGCUGCGGCAGGAGCUACUUCUGCAGACGCUGACGCUCAAUAAGGAGCUUGCCGGGUACGUCGAGCAGGUGGUUGUGGUGGAUCAGGAGAUACUACGAGAUUUGGCACAUGUGCUCAGCCAGUGCCCGAAUCUGACACGAUUUGAGGUCCCGCAACCGGACCGCUGGUUUGCCGAGAUCUGCAAAAGACCACUGGAGUCGUUUGUGGUCACGGAGCUUGACCAGCUGUGCCAUCUGCCGGCCACCGUGAAACGGCUGAAACUGGGUGUGCUAAGAUCGGAGUCGAUUUCUGUUUUCGACCGCCAGCAGGCCCUUAAAAAAAUCUACUCGCUAGACGCACUCGGGCUCGUGUCCGACGAGCCGUCCAUCACGACGUUUCUCAAGUUUCUGCAGCCGUUCGCGCGCCUCAGACUCACGUCGCUCAGCAUAGUGUAUUACCACGGAUACAACGACUACAACCACGUCUCGCGCACUUUAGUGCAGCAGCUGCUGGACAAAACCGAUCCGGCCACGCUGCGGGAGCUGGAGAUGGUGCUUGGGUGUGACGAGAUGGCGUGCGGGUGUUUGGGAGAGUUCUGCCGCUAUCUGGUGUCAAAAGCAUUCGAUCUGAGGCGACUGGCUAUUUUGCAGCGCACGGUCCACAGAGACCACAAUUACACGGAAAAAUUCGAUGUUGCCGUGACGUCGCUUCUGGCGUCGAUGCCCAACAACGAGCGUCUCACAGAGCUGUAUAUCAAACACACGCCGCCGCUGGAUGCCAUGAUUGUUCACGGGUUCGAGGGAAACUAUAAUAAACGACGCGAUCUCUACCACUCGACGCUGCCCCACUUGCGCGGCCUCGAACGGCUCGUGUGCCCCACUUUCGUGUGGUCGCUCGCAUGCUACGAGCAGCUCAUGUCGGACCUGCUGUGGAACGGCUGCACCUGCGAUCACUGCGAGUCUUUCCUGUCGCUUUUUGACGAAUUCAUCAUGAAACACCAUUACUAUGACGCCGCGUCGGGCCUCGAGAAAGACGUCAUCUCGCCGUGCUUCUUCAGCUGUGCAGCAGCAACACUCGCCGCCCGGUUCGUCGGAAGCCCACUUGAACACCUCCCGAUGCUCGACGUGUACUGGAAUUUCCACUCUCUGCUCAACAUGGACCACGACGCCGGCUACGACUGCCAAUUCAACCAGAGCUUUUUCCGGCAUCUCGCCGCCUGCAUCUCGCAUUUUCUCCAAGAUUACGUCCACGAGGUCUCACGGACAAACCCAAAUCUGUGGCACGUCAACUUCAACGGCAUAGUGUUUGACAAAUCAGACUCUUGGGUCUGCAAAAACGAAAAAGUGUAUCGAUCCCAAUAAUCUCAUCUAUUUGCCAAAUCGCUCGUAAAACCGCUCCCGCUCGUGCUUGAGGUCCAAAGAGUACUGCAAGUUUUUCUCGUGGUUCUCUGUGUCCUGUGGGGCUUUAAAAUGCUUGGUGAAUAGCCGGUCACAUGUCUGGCGGAUAGCAUCCAUUUCUUCGGUUUUAUCCAUGUACUCGUAGUCAAACGUAACAAACGCUUCUUUCUGUAUCCGCUGGCACUCCCGCACCAUUUUCCAUAACGGAACGCACUCAGAGCUCCACAUGUUGCGUGCCUUGUCGCAUUGGAGGAAUUUGUCAAAAAGCUCGGCACAAUUGAUCGAAAUCGCCUCCGAAACAGGAUACUCUCGCUUGUACAUCUCUACACGAUACGCUUCCUUGAUCGAUUGUUGCUGGACCCGGUCGGUCUCGGGGUCUGUUUGGUCUUUGGUUUCACUGCCGAUUUCUCGACUGUCAGUCUGCUUCGUCAAUAGACGCUUUAGCUGCCGGUCGCUUAUCAUUGACUCCUUCGAAUCAACAUACUUCUGCAGCUCUUCGGGCAAUUUAUCGUCCGUGGUGUCGGACUUUCUAAACCAC